AUGCUCCGAAGCGUGAAAGGACUGGGUGGCUCUGUGCGAGGCCACAGCCCAAGUUCCCUCCUCCAAGGCGGCUUACAGCUACCUGUAUCGGCUAUCUCGACUCCUCUGGCUGCGCAUGUUCGGAGGAUAGGCUAUGUCCGUUCAACGUCAGAUAGAACGACGCGGCCAGUGCGCCCCGGGCCCAAGUUAGCUAAGCCGCAUAAGUCUGUCGAGAGCAGCGACCAAGCGUUAAGGUUCAAGAGACCAGAGGCAUCGUCGUCAACUGAACCAUCGAUCGGGGCUGCAGAUGGGAAUACUCACACUGACUCUCCCUCGAUGACGGUCCCCGCGCUAGAACCUGCCGCCUCAGUCACGAAGCCUAUCAGCGUCCCUCCAUCACCGCGCGCUUCGGCACGCCCGCAGGCAUCCAUCCCUGUACGGAAACCCAUUGACACAUCAAGCAAAGAGUAUAAACAGGCCGCGAGCCGAUAUGUUCGCUUCGUCGUCGCGUUUCCCUUCUUAAUCGUAACAUCGUACUUCCUUUACGAAAGACUGGUUCCUGAGCUGAAGACCCGACAAUUAUCUCCCAGUCCGCCUGCUGCGCAAGAACCCAGGCCAGUAGGCUGA